GCUGGACAGGCGUGCUCGAGGACACCCGUUCUCGAGGGAAAUUCUAGCUGCACCGCUGCCUGCGAGUUUCUGGGAGAUAAAUCUGAUUUUUGACGGGUCGAGCGACCCGUCGAGGCAUGUGAGGGCAUUCGAAAACAUGUCCGUCUUACACGGGUAUUCGGAUCUGGUCAGUUGUAGGGCUUUUCUGUCGACCUUACGAGGAGGCGCGCUCGACUGGUUCCACCAAUUAGCUCCCGGUUCGAUCAGAGACUUUGAGGAUUUCGCAAGACAACUUACUAAUCAAUAUUCAAGCGCGGUCGCCCAGGAGAAGACAUACCUCACUCUGAUGGCGAUGCGACAAGGUGAGAAGGAGUCCCUGCGGAAAUAUGUUGCUCGAUACAUAAAGGCGCCCACGGCGGGCGAUGAGGUGAAGGCAGGAGGAUUGAUUAGGAGCCUGCGACCAGGACCAUGUCGAACGUCAUUGGCAAAAACGCCUGCUCGAACUUACGACGAGGUGCUUAAGAGAUGCAAGAAGUACAUUAAUUUAGAAGAAACGGAAGCUGAGUUUGCCAAGCUUGAGGAG